AUGCAGGCCAAUCUUGAUGUCAUGAAGCGCAUCGCUUUUCUCAAUGGUGAAGAAAACCAGAAACUCUCUAAGAUCACCAAAGAAACAUCAAAAGACUCCAGAGCAGUGAAAGCACUUACCACUAUUGCGACCAUGUAUUUGCCUGCCAGCCUCAUCGCUGAGCCUUUCUACCGGCUGGUCCAUCAUUAUAGUGUGCCUACAGCGACCUCGCGCAUCACUGGCCAUGGCACGAAGAGGAUGUUCCGCGAAAAGAUCGCAAAUAUCAUCACGCUUCUGUCAGUAACUCAUAACUUGCCAUUAGAUAUGGCUUUUGUCACCUGGGAGGCAACACUUGGGGCUAUAGGUUCUGGAGCCACUUCCGAGGUACGGCAACGCAUGCUCAGCCUGCACAAAAGCAUUGCGUUCAAAGCGCCGAGACAACUCACAGAUCAAGACAACCUCCAAGCAUUUGAAGAGAACGAAGGCCAGCUUCAUGGGGACUAUCGUAAUAUCGUGAACGAGAUAUUUAUCCUUUGUUCAGAAGGCCUUCGCUCGCAUCCCAACAUAAUUAACCUCGAGGCCAUCACCUGGCACUAUGACCAAACUUCAAAGGCUGUUUGGCCUAUUCUCAUCUUUGAGAAAGCCGAAGAAGGAGACCUUGCGACCUUCAUGAAUUCGGAUCGUGGUCGCACGUUAGGCAUUCGAAAACGGCUUGAACUCUGUCAAGACAUCGCAAUCGCCCUGCUCAACAUUCAUAGAUACUCUAUCAUUCACGGCGAUAUAGGCCCUCGCAAUCUUCUUGUCUUCCACGAAGGCGACGAUGUCUACAUUAAGAUGACUGACUUUGGAUAUGCUGCUCUGAUGCAUGCUGGAGACCACAUUGAUAUGGCGCGAACAUGGCCUUGGCAUGCACCAGAAAUUGGUUCGCAGUGGGACUUUGAUUUUGAAGAUGCACGACGAGUCGACUUCUACGCUUUUGGGAUGGUAUGCGCAUGGAUUCUGCUAGACACAGAGUAUCUGCGCACAAAAUCAAACACAGCAUCAGCAAAUCAGCUCGCAGAUACAAAAGAGUACAUUGCUGAUUUGAGGAAAGAGGACAGUGUUUUGGAGACAGUCAUCGAGUUACUCGACAAAUUAGACAGUCUGGAAGUGGAACAAAGGCUGGAAUUGAAGCUCUUCUUCGAAGGCACCCUCCAAGAUCACCCAGAAACACGUAAAUUGCAUGUGAAGGGGAUAUUUUACGACUACGGUAAACGAACCGAUAUUGGCAACUUGACAUUUGAGGAGCCACCACGUAUCACCUUCCAAAUUGAGGAGAUACCGUAUACGGCUCAAUUCAAGGUCUCCCGAAUUUGGUCCCAAGCAAUAAUUGGAGAUUUCCGACUCUGGGACGCCGUUUUCGCUGCGCUCAUGAUUCAAGCAGAGAACCACCCCGAUCAAUCCUGCCGGAACAAUGCUAUGUUCCAAUUAGCAAUAUGCUUCGAGCUUGGCUUUGGGUGCCUACAUUCAACCUCCGAGUCUUCUCGAUGGCUUUAG